AAGGGAGCGCAUGCGCGAAUGUACGCGUUGCCGGCGAAGAGGGGAGCCUGACGACUCGGAAAUUUGAAUACCACAGUAGCAUGGAGUGUGACCUCAUGGAGACUGACAUCUUGGAGUCGUUGGAAGAUCUAGGUUACAAGGGCCCAUUGUUGGAUGAUGGCGCGCUCUCUCAGGCAGUCUCUGCUGGAGCCAGUUCCCCUGAGUUUACCAAACUCUGUGCCUGGCUGGUGUCUGAAUUAAGAGUACUCUGUAAACUUGAGGAAAAUGUGCAAGCAACUAACAGUCCAAGUGAAGCUGAAGAGUUCCAGCUUGAGGUGAGUGGGCUGCUAGGGGAGAUGAACUGCCCGUAUCUUUCCCUGACAUCUGGGGAUGUGACCAAGCGCCUGCUCAUUCAGAAAAACUGCCUCCUUCUGCUCACAUACCUCAUCUCAGAACUAGAAGCUGCCAGAAUGCUCUGUGUGAAUGCUCCUCCAAAAAAAGCUCAAGAAGGAGGCGGUAGUGAGGUCUUUCAAGAGUUGAAAGGCAUAUGUAUUGCUCUAGGAAUGUCCAAACCUCCAGCCAAUAUAACUAUGUUCCAAUUCUUCAGCGGGAUUGAGAAAAAAUUAAAGGAAACAUUAGCAAAAGUUCCACCUAAUCAUGUGGGAAAGCCUUUACUGAAGAAGCCUAUGGGACCAGCCCACUGGGAAAAGAUAGAAGCAAUUAACCAAGCCAUAGCCAAUGAAUACGAAGUCCGGAGAAAGCUGCUAAUAAAACGUUUGGAUGUCACUGUGCAGUCCUGGUGGUCUGACAGAGCUAAGAGUCAGACAGAAAAAUUAGCCAAGGUUUACCAGCCGAAGCGUUCAGUCUUAUCUCCUAAAAGUACUAUCUCCGUUGCCCAUCUUUUGGCUGCAAGACAAGACUUGUCAAAGAUUUUAAGGACAAGCAGUGGUUCUAUAAGAGAAAAGACUGCCUGUGCUAUCAAUAAGGUGUUGAUGGGCAGGGUGCCUGAUAGAGGUGGUAGACCCAAUGAAAUUGAACCUCCACCCCCAGAGAUGCCACCAUGGCAGAAAAGGCAAGAUGGCCCCCAACAGCAAACAGGAAGCCGAGGAGGAGGGAGAGGUGGUUAUGAACAUUCCUCAUAUGGAGGAGGACGAGGAGGUCAUGAACAAGGAGGAGGGAGAGGUGGACGUGGUGGCUAUGACCAUGGUGGCCGAGGGGGGGGACGAGGAAAUAAACAUCAAGGAGGAUGGACAGAUGGAGGGAGUGGAGGAGGAGGUAGCUACCAAGAUGGUGGUUAUCGAGAUUCAGGUUUCCAGCCAGGCGGCUAUCAUGGUGGCCACAGCAGUGGUUAUCAAGGCGGUGGCUAUGGUGGCUUCCAAACAUCUUCAUAUACAGGAAGUGGAUUCCAGGGUGGUGGAUACCAGCAGGACAAUAGAUACCAAGAUGGUGGGCACCAUGGUGAUCGAGGUGGUGGUCGCGGCGGGAGAGGUGGUCGUGGAGGCCGGGGUGGACGUGGAGGGCAGGGAGGAGGGUGGGGAGGAAGGGGAAGCCAGACUUACCACCAAGGAGGUCAGUUUGAACAGCACUUCCAGCAUGGAGGCUACCAGUAUAAUCAGUCUGGAUUUGGACAGGGAAGACAUUAUACCAGUUGAGGCUACAGAACCCUACAUUUUGCUAGAGCUCAAAUAAUAGAAACUUAGUUCCAGAAUCCUGAAUCUAUUUUAAAUUAAUAUGAGACCACAGGUGGCAGGCAGAUUCCUGCUUGGCAUAAGCAUUUGUAGGCAUUCAUUUGAUCUGUUGUUUUCUUUUUCUUUUUUUUUUAAACACUUACAUAAUACUGUUUAUUUAAGAAACACAUCUCUCUUCCUUUCUAUGAAAAAAAAAUUUAAGGUCGUUAAAAUUGUCUUUAAUUGAUCACUAGACUAAUUUCACAGUCAGAACAUACAUACUGCUUUUUUGAAGAAAUUACUUGAAUAAAGUAGUUUUCAACAUGCAGUUUUGAAAGUGAGGAUUCACUUAGUCUUUUUUUACAUUUACAACUGGGAACCUUCCUCAUACUAACAAUCCACUCAUGUGCUUUGAGUGAAUUGUCCUAAUGUCUAUUUUUCAAGCACAGUUCUGCCCCGAUUGACAUUUUAAAAAACUUUAGAGAGGUUGUGCCACAUUUGCUUCGUGAUAGACCUAUUAAAGUGAGUUCCUAUUAAAUGAGCUCUUCUGCAUAUAGCACAUCCAGUAGCCUUAUUCUGUUGAUGGAAUACUGUACCAUAUGCUCAACUCUGAAACCUUGAACACGGCCAAAAUCCAUAAAGACUAUAAAAGCAAACUAAGUUGUGAACCUAUAGUACCUGUAGGCAUUUAGUUAAGUAUAGCAACUCAAACUGACCUGCAUCCAUCCAAAACAAGUUCUUCCUUAGACCUCAUUUUUACUUGAAAUCUGCUAGAAGAAACAGCAAACCAAAAUUUGUUUUAUGCACGAGUUAAUACCACUAGCUCAGCAAAUACAAGUUAGUUUGCUUUAGGCAGAAGACUCUCUUUGUAAUGGAAGAAAUGCACUACACAGUAAGCUAGAGUUUUCCUUAGUGCAGGAGGCCCUUUACUAUUGCUGCAGAAAACAAAAGCCUGGCUGAGUUGAUGUUUUCCAUUCUCCUUUACCGAAAUCUACGUGACAUGAUGCUUCUUGCUGGGUUUUUGUAUCCUUAAACAUUGUGAAGCUGUGAAAGAAAAUGGCUGGAGGUGUGCUUUGUGUGAAAGGUGAGCAAUAAAGUAUCUGUGUGUUCUCUCUUGGGUUUGAGUUUUAUUUUAGCUACUUUUUGAUACUAAAUUGUUCUGGAUGCUUGCUUCAAGCUAAUGAGCCAAGGCUUUUAUUCCCAAAGACUCUUGAGAAUUUCCUCAAAACCUGCUUUAUAUUAAAACAUUUUUUCCUAAAACUUGAAACAAAUUGAAAAAUGGCCAUUUCUGAACUUACCUUUUAUAUAACAAUAUGGCUAGAAAAACCUCACUGCAUAACUCUGGCCACCAGGUGUAGCUGUUACUACAUGUACUAGGUAAAGAGAAAUAAACCUUUCUACUCUUGUAGAGGGUUUUAUUUCCUUUCUCCAUUCUUCCUAAAAAUGAUAGACAUUUUUCUUAAAAGGAAGUGAACUAAAAAUAUGAAUAUGCUUAUUAAAGGAGAAGUUGUGUCUUUCUACUAAAUGGAGCUUUGAAAAAUGUCUUACCAUUAAAUCUACUUACUAUUAAGUUAUUUAUUUUUUGGCAGGACUAGAGUUUGAAGUCAGGGCCUCACACUUGCUAGACAGGUGCUCUACCUCUUGAGCCCCUCCACCAGCCCUUCUACUUACUAUUAAGAAAAGAACAGAUAGCAAAAACUAUCUUUGAAAGUCCAUUUUGGUUCUUUUGUUAAUUUUACCUGUUUUUUUUUUUCAGCUAGCAUUUGCCAUUCUAAAACAUUCAGAAUGUUUCAUCAUUAGAGUUGUCGUAAGCAUUGUGAGAGUAUGAUACUAAAUAUAUUUAGUCUGUAUGGAGUUCUUUGAAGUAAAGUUAUCCUGGUUUGGUAUCUUGAAUCUUUCACAG